AGGAGCCGUCGCGGGCAGCCGCCUCACAGCGAUGGCGGCCGAGCAGGGCCGGCGGCGGUGGCGGCGGCGGCUACGGCCGGAGACGGCGGCAGUGGCGGCGGGUGGCGGGGGCUUGUAACCGGGAGCCGCCCCCGGGCCCCGGGCACCAUGAGCCAGGGCCCCCCCGCAGCGGAGAGCAGUGAGCCCGAGGCCAAGGUCCUGCAUACCAAGCGGCUUUACCGGGCAGUGGUGGAGGCUGUGCAUCGACUUGACCUCAUCCUUUGCAACAAAACUGCUUACCAAGAAGUGUUCAAACCAGAGAACAUUAGCCUAAGGAACAAGCUUCGUGAACUCUGUGUCAAGCUUAUGUUCCUGCAUCCAGUGGAUUAUGGGAGGAAAGCAGAGGAGCUACUGUGGAGGAAGGUGUAUUAUGAGGUUAUCCAGCUUAUCAAGACCAAUAAAAAGCACAUCCACAGCCGGAGCACCUUGGAAUGUGCCUACAGGACACACCUGGUUGCUGGUAUUGGCUUCUACCAGCAUCUCCUCCUCUACAUCCAGUCCCACUACCAGCUUGAACUGCAAUGCUGCAUUGACUGGACUCAUGUCACCGACCCUCUAAUAGGUUGUAAGAAGCCAGUAUCUGCCUCAGGGAAAGAGAUGGACUGGGCUCAGAUGGCUUGCCACCGGUGUCUGGUGUAUCUGGGAGACCUGUCCCGAUAUCAGAAUGAAUUAGCUGGUGUGGACACAGAGCAUCUGGCUGAGAGAUUCUACUACCAAGCCUUGUCAGUGGCUCCCCAGAUAGGUAUGCCUUUCAAUCAGCUGGGUACCCUGGCAGGCAGCAAGUAUUACAAUGUAGAAGCCAUGUACUGCUACCUGAGGUGCAUCCAGUCAGAAGUGUCCUUUGAGGGGGCUUAUGGGAAUCUCAAACGGCUAUAUGACAAGGCAGCCAAAAUGUACCACCAGCUGAAGAAAUGUGAGACUCGAAAACUGUCUCCCAGCAAGAAGCGGUGUAAGGACAUUAAGAGGCUUCUGGUGAGCUUCAUGUACCUGCAAAGUCUUCUGCAGCCCAAGAGCAGCACCCUGGACUCAGAGCUGACAUCACUCUGCCAGUCAGUCCUGGAGGACUUCAACCUUUGCCUCUUCUACCUGCCCUCUUCACCCAACCUCAGCCUGGCUACUGAGGAUGAGGAGGAGUAUGAGAAUGGCUAUUCUUUUCUCCCUGACCUUCUCAUCUUCCGUAUGGUCAUCAUUUGCCUCAUGAGUGUUCACAGCUUGAAGAGAGCAGGAUCAAAGCAAUACAGUGCUGCCAUUGCCUUCACCCUGGCGUUCUUCUCCCAUCUUAUCAACCAUGUCAAUAUCCGGCUACAGGCAGAGCUGGAAGAGGGGGAGAACCCUGUGCCAGCAUUCCAGAGUGAUGGGACAGAUGAGCCUGAGCCCAAAGAAUCACUGGAGAAGGAGGUGGAACCAGAGCCAGAGCCUCCUCCCCCAGCACCAAGAGGGGGGGAGGCCAAGAAGAGUCGUAAAUUCUCCCGCCUGUCUUGCCUUCGUAGGCGACGCCACCACCCACCCAAGGCUGGUGAUGACAGUGACCUGAGUGAAGGCUUCGAGUCCGAUUCAAGCCAUGACUCAGCCCGGGCCAGUGAAGGUUCCGACAGUGGUUCAGAUAAGAGUGAUGAGGGUGGGGGUACAGCUUUUGAUGCGGAGACAGACUCAGAGAUGAACAGCCAGGAGUCACGCUCAGACCUGGAGGACAUGGAAGACGAGGAGGGAACUCGGCCUAUGGUCCCAGACCCCCCUCGGUCCAGGCCAGAAGCUUCUGACCCCUCCAAUGGCCCAUUGGGUCCAAACGAGGCCAGUAUUGCCAGUAACCUACAAGCCAUGUCCACUCAGAUGUUCCAAACCAAACGCUGCUUCCGAUUGGCCCCCACCUUCAGUAACAUCCUUCUCCAGCCUUCUAAUGAAACUCAGAGCACUGCUGGUAACAGGGCCUGCAUCAAUGGGGACCUGGACAAACCUGAACCAGCAUCUGAUGACGGAUCUGAGUCAGAGGAGAGUGUGUCCAGUGGACGCUCCUGUCACAAUGAAAGGAGCAUCCAGGAGAAACUUCGCAUCUUGAUGGCAGAGGGACUUCUUCCUGCUGUGAAAGUCUUCCUGGAUUGGCUUCGGACAAACACCGACCUCAUCAUCAUGUGUGCACAGAGCUCCCAAAGCCUAUGGAAUCGCCUCUCUGUGUUACUGAAUCUUCUGCCAGCUGCUGGAGAACUCCAGGACCCCAGCCUGGUCUUGUGUCCUGAGGUACAGGAUCUCCUUCUGGGCUGUGAACGACCUGAUCUUCCCACUUCCUUGCUGCUCCCAGAAGACACUGCUCUCCGCAACCUACCCCCACUUCGAGCUGCACAUAAACGCUUCAAUUUUGAAGUGGAUCGACCCUUGCUCAGUCCCAUGGAGGAGUCUGUUGUGCGAAUCUGCUGCAUCCGUAGCUUUGGACACUUCAUUACCCAUCUGCAAGGCAGCAUCCUGCAGUUUAACUCUGAAGUUGGCAUCUUUAUCAGCAUUGCUCAAGCGGAACAAGAUAAUCUGUUGCAGCAAGCCCAGGCCCAGUUCAGGAUGGCCCAGGAAGAAGCUCGUCGGAAUCGACUGAUGAGAGACAUGGCUCAACUUCGGCUGCAGCUUGAGGUGUCCCAACUGGAGGGCAGUUUGCAGCAGCCCAAGGCUCAGUCAGCGAUGUCCCCAUACCUUGUGCCCGACACUCAGGCUCUCUGCCAGCACCUCCCCAUCAUCCGACAGCUGGCCAGCAGUGGCAGGUUCAUUGUCAUCAUUCCUAGGACAGUGAUUGAUGGCUUAGACUUGCUGAAGAAGGAACAUCCAGGAGCUCGGGAUGGGAUCCGAUACCUGGAAGCAGAGUUUAAAAAAGGAAACCGGUACAUUCGCUGCCAGAAAGAGUUUGGGAGGACUUUUGAGCGGCAUAAACUGAAGAGACAGGAUGUAGAUGCCUGGCAGCGGUACAAGCAGCCACCCACGCCAGUGUUGACAUCAAGAACGUGUUGGACUUCUACAAGCAGUGGAAAGAGAUUGGCUGAGACUUCCCCCAUGCCCCACACUGGGGUUGACUCCAAUCUCUCCUCCCUUCCCCUGCAGCCGGGGCCGACGAGCAACCAUUCCCCCAACAUACACAGACACACACAUGCACACACGCACACACGCACAUGCACACACAGGCACGGUCCCUACCCCGGUCAUGCAGAGAGGCAGCAGGGAGGGCAAAGGAGGGGACUAGGAGGAUGGGGUCCCCUCCCCCAGCCUAACCUGUGUCCGAAAAGAAGGGAAAGAAACCUUGGAGCAGGAGAGUGCCUCCGGUUCCUUUAAGCCUUCCCGUUUUAUUUUGCUCCGAUCGGGAAGGUCUUGGCACCCUCACCUACCCCAGCCCCCAUCGUCACCCUCAGGGGGAAGCUACAGGCAAAGGGGAUUGUAUUUCAUUUGAUUCAAAAGCAGGAGCCGUUUGAGGAGCAUUUCCUGGACCUUUUGCAAGGAGGGGACAUCAGCCCCUCUCCUUCCUUACCCAAGAUCCAGGGCAGUGGGGGGAGGAGAGGAUGACUCGGCCCCCAACCCCCCAGAGGUGGUGAGUUGGUUUGAGGUGGGUGUCUGGGGGGUUGUCCCCACACCCCUGCCCCCCUUCUAGUACCUAGUCCCCUUCCCUCCAUUCCCCUAGGUCGGGGUCGAGGAGCAGAACAGCUCAGGAGCAAAAAAGAGGCCUACAGAGAAGGCAGAAAUGGAGCCAUGCUCCUUCAGGCAGGCUACUCAUGCCUUGGGCUUCUGUUCCAGUAUUAGCGUUCUAACUCCACUCCUGCCUGCUUUGUGUUCCAUCGGAACCUGGGCCCCCACUUCUGCUUUUUGGCUCUCCCCAUAGCUGCUGGGGCAGGAAACUGGAGGCAUCUCCAGAAGCCGUGGGCUACUGUGUCUGACCCUCACCCUGAGCAGGGUUUCCUGUUCCAGCCUCAGCCAUCUUGCUGUAACCUUUUGGCUGCUGUGUUGUGACAGAGCUGGGAGCCUGGGGGGAAAGUAGAAGUUCCCCUGACACUAGAGAUUGUGGGAAGGGGAACUUCUGCCAGGGUCAGGCCUCCCCAGCUGAGAACUGUGGGAAGGUUACCUGCAUAUGUGACAAAAUUAGGGGAAGGAGGGACCCUGAAAUGCCAGGUUUCCAGAAGCUGGUUGGGUGGGGAUAAGGAAAGCCCGGAGUGGCUCCCCAGCUCUCCAUGCCCUCCUACUCCCCGAUGUCUCUUCAGGUCCUGGCCGACGUGGGACUUGCUGGGGCAAGGAAGUCAGGAUUUCUGGUCAUCUCCCAGCAGGGUAGUUUGGGGAUGUUGAGAUCAAGAUUGGGGUAGUAGGAGCAAAGAUCAUGGAAAACGCUCAGGGCAUUGAGGGCAGAUCACGGCAGCAAGAGCACACUGGGACACACUGCCCAGGCAUACCUUCCUCCCCCUUUCUUCAUUUUCCUCAGGACCCUUUGGCAUGUGGCAGUGCCCCUUCUCACUCCCCUCCCCCAACUCAGUCUUCUUGGAGGCCUGGGGAGGGUCAGGUGGGCACCCAGAGUAAGAGGGGCUGAAAGCAGAGAAAGAAAAGUCAAGUUGGAUGACUGAAGGGAGAGGAAGAGUUUGUUGCUCCUCCUGCCCCCAACAGAUCUCAAUACCAACUUCCUGACACGGUUCCCAGAGGAGAGGCACACCUGCCCAGCACCUCCGAGAAGCCAAAUCUGGGAGAAUGGGGGCAGGAGUGGGGUGUUCUCUAACCCCACAGCAAAGACUGUAAGACUGAAAACAUUCGAUAAUAAAGUCCUCCUAACCCUGUAA